GUGCUUUGAUUAUGAGAUCACAGACAGGGAGCCAGGACUAAAGAAGCUUCACCCCAGUAAGGAAGAGUUGAACAGUAAGGGUACCAUCCAAUAUGGAGCCUCUGUGUUGACUUCCUGUUCUUGUUCAUCCACCUACAAUGAUCAGACCAGCUCACAUUAAUACCUGACCUGAUCCCGGUGGACCUGUGGAGAAUGCAACGGAGCAAAGGACUCUUUAAAUUCACACUGAAACAACAAAGAGACAGCCAAAUAACUAGGGCAGCUGUUACUGGAUAAAGAAAGUUGUCAAGAACAGUCAUGGGAUGUGGCGUUUCAAGGUCCAACCAGUUCCACAAACACUCCAGAAAAGCCGUCACCACUAUAAGAGCAGCUGUUCUAAUUCAACGAUGGUACCGGCAAUAUGUUGCUCGCACAGAGAUGAGACGGAGAUAUACCUGGCACAUCUUCCAAUCCAUCGAAUACUCCGGAGAACAGGCCCAGAUCAAGCUUUAUAACUUUCUUGGCUACCUCAUGGACAAUUUCACGCCAUCCAGCACAGAACGAAAUUUGAUCUCGCACAUCUUUCGAGAAAAUGAUGUCUGUUGGGACUCAGAAUGGGAGAGAUACUUCUGCUACAAGAACAUUGAAGUGCCGGAGGUUUACUCUGGGCCUCAUCUCACCUUCCCCCUGACGGUGGAGCAGGCAGUCGGCCUCCUGGAAGCCUUCAGAAAUAAGAAACAGCUGCACUCUCGCUAUGUGCUCGAGUUGCUCCUGGAGACGUGGAAAGUACUCCGCAUGAUGCCAAACAUCAACCGCAUCUCCACCUGCCAAAGCAAAGAGGUCACUAUUUGUGGUGAUUUGCAUGGACAGCUGGAGGAUUUGUUGCUGAUUUUUUACAAGAAUGGCAUGCCAUCCUUAGACAAGCCCUAUCUUUUUAAUGGAGACUUUGUUGAUCGAGGCAAAGACUCCAUCGAGAUUCUCCUCAUCCUGUUUUCCUUCAUGCUCGUUUAUCCAUGUGAUGUCUUCUUAAACAGAGGAAACCAUGAGGACCACAUCAUUAACCUCAGGUAUGGGUUCACCAAGGAGGUGUUGACAAAAUACAAGAUUCAUGGGAAGCGGAUUCUAAAGCUGCUGCAGAAGAUUUUCAGCUGGUUGCCCUUAGCAACCAUCAUUGAUCAGAAGGUGCUGGUCCUCCAUGGAGGUAUCUCCGAAAAUACAGACCUCGGCAUCCUGGCCAAAGUGAACCGACAUAAUUAUGUUUCAGCUCUGCGACCUCCCAAGAGGAGGAACCACAGCCCAGCGGUCAUGUCUAUUGACAUAGACCUGGAUAACGAACUCUGGAACACCAGCAGGAUCCUCCAGCGUCGGGCCUCCUUCACAUAUCCUGAACCCCUUGGCCCGAAGGAUUGCUUCCACAACCGUUCGCUACAGGACUUCUCUAACCGGAUCAAGGCCAACACGCAUAACGAGCUGGAGAACAGCAAGAAGAAAGAGGAUAUUCUGGCAGCAGCACUCAGCAGAUCACAGCAAGACGUUUUGUCUCUGUCCACUGACUCUGUAAGCAGUGAUAAUGUCAAGGAAGAUUGGCGGCAGAUCUUGGACCUGCUGUGGAGUGACCCGAUGAACCAGGACGGCUGCAUACCCAACGAGGUGAGGGGUGGAGGUUGCUAUUGGGGCCCAGAUGUCACAGAGGACUUCCUAAACAGACACAACAUGCAGCUCAUCAUCCGGUCCCAUGAGUGCAAACAGGAAGGCUACGAGUUUUGCCACAACCGAAAGGUCCUCACUUUAUUCUCUGCCUCAAAUUAUUAUGACGUGGGAAGCAACCGGGGAGCCUAUGUGAAGUUGGGUCCAGACCUUGUGCCUUAUGUUGUUCAGUAUCAGGCCAGCAGCAUGACCAGGGAACUCACCGCCAGGCAAAGUGUCGGGAGAACUGAACGUUCAGCCUUGAAAGUCCUGCGUGAACAGCUGUUUGCUCACAAGUCUGACCUCCUCUGUGCCUUCAAAAAGUUUGACACCGAGAACAAAGGCUUAGUGUCCCUGAACGACUGGGCCUCAGCUGUGGAGAGUGUUAUGCACCUGAAUCUGCCGUGGAGGAUGCUCUGCUCUCAGCUUGUCACCUGCAGGUCGACGGACAGCAUGAUUUCAUAUUACGACUGGUUCAACGAGCUCGCCAUCAAAGGGCCUAAUACAGACCACAUCGACCAGAGUCUGCUGGAAACUUUGUACCGCCAUCGCUCCACUUUAGAGACAAUCUUCAGGAUUGUAGACACAGAUAACUCAGGGUUUAUCAGCAUGGAGGACUUCCGGCAAACCUGGAAGCUCCUGAGCGUCUACCUGAAGAUGGAGAUCACAGACGAAGACAUCUGCAACCUGGCUGUGACCAUUGACAGCAACCAUGAUGGCACCAUCGACAUUGAUGAGUUCAUGGAGGCCUUCCGGCUCACGGACAAGAAGAGCCGGUUAGAGCGGGGCCGCAGCAUGUUCAUGGGCACGGCAUCGGACCUCAAGCUGGAGGAGGAUCCCAACGUAUGA